UUACAAACAAGUUUCUCAGUCCAGUUUUAAUAAUGUCCAGCAGUAAUACGUGUGAAAGUAGAUUUAAGAAACAGCCCUCAACAUUAUAUAAUUCGUGCGUUCGAUAUGUGGCCCGAAAUAUUAAACGAUACAAAAACAUUGAAUACCUAGAACUAAUACCACCGUUGAUUAAAAAUGCACUAAUUGUGAACAUAACUCGAGUUCAACGAGGAUUUCACGACGACGAACUGCUGGAAAUGCUUUUGAAUCGAUCCCUUACACGAAUGAAUCUGUCCAGUUCGACCAUCACCGACCGGACGUUGAAUUCCCUGGCGGAAAAAUGUCCACAACUGCGAAGCCUUAUUCUCACCCAGGGUAAAUAUCGGUUUACCCAAACCGGACUGGAAACGUUGAUCCGCAAAUUACCCCACUUACAACAACUGUCGGUGAAAAACUGUCCCCUUGUGGACGACAAUUUGAUCACCCAACUGGCUGACAAUUGUCCCAGGCUGGACCUGGUGGACUUUGAGUCAUGCCCGAACGUUACCGAUCGCUCGGCAGAAUCGAUUAAACGGCUUAAGUUGACCAAACUGAACCUUGCGCGAACCCGGAUUUCCGACGAAUUUCUAAAAACAAUAGCGAGCGACGCGAAUGGCUGCUCGCUGGAAGAUCUAAACGUCGGCCACUGCCAGAUUACCGCCGCCGGUUUGGUCAAACUGCCCUGGGAUACCAUCAAAUACAUUGGAUUCGAAGGAUGCGACAUUGAAGAUUUAGAGUUCAUCGAUAUGAGCAAGAACCUUAAGUAUGUACAAUGGACAAUAUCCAACUGAUGGAUAUUGCGCCACGCCCAGUGGACAUGCAAUGUUUAACCUACUUCAAAGUACUAAUGCGAAAUUAUUACUAGCGCAGAUAUUUUAUUUACACAACUAUUUUACCAACAAGUAAGUGAAUCGUCUGAGACGAUUAUUAGAUGUAAGUGAUUUUCGUGUUUUCUAACCAUAAUUUAUCUACCUACUAUCAACGACGAAGCUCUAGUUUUAGAUGACCUACCAGUGAAGCAAUUAACUAAUCUUUAGAUAUUAGAUGUGCGUUUUAAGUGAUAUUUUUAAUGUAGCUAUACUUUACGUCUUACUUCCAACUAUGAAAAACCAAAUUAUUCAUUCAUUCUUUCCUGUGAUUAAGGUUUUUAGAAGAUAUUCAAUAUAAUUUGAAUUAAUACCUACGGAAUUCCAAAUGUUUGAUGAACAUUUUGUCUGAUUACUACAGACCCAAGUCCAAUAGUUUCAUGAGGACCAAAUUCCUAAUCUUUUGUUUGGCUGCCUUUCUGGAAGGGCACUUAACAUUUUUAGUUUAAGUAUCUGUCUAUCCUCCAAACAUAGUGAAAAAACAAAAAUAACAUGAUGUAUUAAUGAUCAAAUCACAUGUCUAACAUACACAAGUAACCUAGAAGCCACACGAUGCCCUAUUUUAUAGAAAGCCUAGAUUUGAAUACAUAAUAUAUAUGUCACAUAAUUCAACAAUAAGCGAAGGCAC